GCAUAGAGCCUCUCUUAGUUGACAAGCUUAAAGAAAUAUAUUAAGAUUUUUUUCCAACCCUCUCUUUUUUUGACCCCUGGGAUGGAGUUCAGGAUGAAUGUUUCUUUUCGACCAGAAGAAAGAUAUAUUUCAUCUGUUCUGAGAUGAUGCAUUAUUGCCAGAGGGCACUAACUAAAAGCAUCAUUUACUCACUAAUGAAGCCAAGCCUUUUCCCAACGCCGUUGAUAAACAUAAACCCCUCGGAUUUUCCAAUAAGCUUCACUUAGAGCUUCUGGUCUGCUCUUGAUAUAUUCGUUGCAUGUUUUGAAAGUUUUGGAUUCAUUUUUGCAGUCCAUAAAGAAACGGUUACCAGCUACGCUACCACAUAAUGCUGUGUUGAGCACAAGGCGCAUAUUCCUAAACUUUGUUCCCCCACAACUGGUUGAAUCUCCUACCGUCACGCAAAGAAAAAAGAAAAAAGGGAAGUGCGUUUGUCAGGAACCGAGAGAACGCACCUCAAUUCAUCAAAGAUCAUUGAUUGAUAAAACAGUUGAAGCACCCUUACCGAUCGGAAAAUAGCCAUAGGGUAAAGACCAUUCUUCUGGAUUCGGCAUGACACGAUCCUCCUCAGCUUUCUCGCUAGCCGUUCGGAUAGCAUCAACAAGAUUUUCUGGCACCUUUGUAUGAGGCGUAAAUACCCAUGUUCGAAUGUGUCGAUAGAUGGGAUCCCACUCCAAUGCAAAGAUUCCUCCACCUUUCUCGUUGAGUGGUGCACCCAGAGAACCGCCUUUUGCAUCAAUCGCGACACAUCCUUGGUUCAACCAUUGGUGACGAUCGUACACAUAACAAUUCCUUGCUUCUCGAUAUGUCAUAUCAGGGAUUCCUGUCUUUCUAUCUGGAAUUCCAAUCGACGUGUCCCAAAUUCCAGUCAUCAAACCCAACGGGACAUCAUACAUGCUGCAUCCUUUCGUUGUGUGGAGAGCAGUUUUCGCUUCCGCUUGAAAGUUCACGCCUUCAACGAUAUCAAUUUCUCCAUUCACGGGCCAAUUCGCUUCAUCAGUCAGCCAAAACGCGGGCCAUGUUCCACAUCCUGCUGGCAUGUGACGAACAUCAAUAAUGAAUAAUCCUCUAUUGAAUCGUUUCUUACCCUCCAAUCGAACGGAUUCUCUAGGCCCAUCUACUGUCGGUGACGUCUUCAGAUACAAAAAGGGUUUCUUCUGAUUCUCGUUUGAUGUUUGUUCCUCACUUUCACCCUUUAUUUUUUGACUCCGAAAUAAAGACUCUAACACGUCAACCUCAUUUGUAAUGUUCGCGAUUGAAAGAUCCCCUGCUCUCUCUUCGUUAACAUAAGAGAUAUAUCCAUUCGAUCCCACUGAAUCUGCUCCUUCGUAAAAUGUGUAAUACCCGAAAAAGUCAUUCCCCUCCUAAAAAACAGUAUUAACAGUGGUAGCAACAACAAAUACCCGUUAACAAUAGUUAAAAAAGGAAUUUUGAAGCCAAUCAGGAAUGUUUAAAAAAAACACGCUUCAAGUUCUUACACUUAGAUCGGACCAUCACUCACCUGUCGCUCGAUCAAUUCGUAUGGACCCACCGGUUGAUUUGGAGGGACAACAAAUCCCGCACCUAUCAAAAGAGCCGCAAGAACCAAACCAAAUGCCAAAAUGCACAAACCGGUCAUGGAAAAAAAUCUAGCUCCAAAGUUUUUCGACGACACCCAAUUGAUAGAUGAAUUAGUUUCGUCGUCGGAGACUUGUUUUACCUUGAAGGAUCGCUCAUUUUCUGACAAAGUUAGUAAUGGUGUAUCCAUAUCAACAUGCAAGUGUUCAUGCAAAAUUUUGUCUUCCAACUUGUCGUCGUCAUCGUCGAUACCAAGGAGUCUCUCAGAAAGCCGAUCCGCUGCUAUCGAUUGACGACGAAUGAUAUUCGGUCCUUUUCCGCUGAGAGUUUUAAAGUGAUCAGAUCCAUCAUUUUCACUGCCGUCAUCAUCAAAGUCCUCUUCUUCCUCUCUGAUAUUUUUGGACACGAGGGGAGUGUCUUCUUUGGGGAUUUCAGAAACACCGAAGUUCUUCAUUCCUUACGAUUUAUUGCAACUCUAUUUUGAUCCGCUCGACCACAAAACAAUUUGUCCAACCGAGGAUCUCUGCGGUUUGUCUAACAGAGGAUCUCUGCGUAUGCAAUAUUUCCUACAAAAGGGGAUAUCCUUCUCUCGAUUCUCAACGUGAUAUUGCAAUCAAUAACAAACUUCUCCUAAUCCAAUACCGCAGUUUCGGAGACCUAGAGAGGUGCACAGAAUUUACCAAUAGUGAACCAAUCUGAACCCUCAACUGAUGAUCACUUCGCCUCCUCUUUCAAAAGCUGUUCAAUCCUCCUUCACUACGGACCGUGCAUUCGUACCGCACCGCACGAGACAGAAAUCUGUCAGAGUUCGAUGUCAGAAAGUCAGAGGACAGAGGAUAUUUUUUUCCACUACCGGUAACUAGCAGGUGAGUAUGGUACGUAGUCGUGCCAGUACUAAAUCCAUUCCACAGUUUAUAUUUUUCGCGCGCUAGCCAGGGUUUUUUGCAUUCUUUCGUUCCCUAACCUAGUGCUCUUACUGGUACCGCCGUAGUUCAGUCCCAGGAGAAGAAAAGAUUCGGCAUGAUAAUUUCUACUUCACUUUCCCGUACGAUGAGUAUCGCUUGAGAGCUAAAGCUCUCAAGCGCACAGUACAAAACGCUUCCCACACAAAUAACACAGACCUCAACAGAGUACAUUUUCUGGUAAGAUUUGGGUACACGCGCUGCGCGAGCUCCUCCACAGUUAUAUCACAUACUAGCUCUUACCGUAAGAAUCGAAUGGUGUCUCACAAAAAAUCUAGGUUGUUGACCAACCAUCCGAUUCAGUGCAAAUCGGCACCAGCACAACUAGGAAUUGAUUACGAUGAAUAUGGUUGCAGCAAAGGUACAAAACUUGGCAAAGAAUUUCACUAAACGCUGUAGAGUGAUCGUAUGUGGUGUUGGAGGCAGAAUGGGAGCGAUUCGAACAGGAUUGGUUUAUGCCAACCCUCGAUUUGAAUUGUGUGGAGUUUGUGAUGUAAACAUGGAAGCUGCCGACCGGAUAGCUUCCAAAUAUUCGGUAAGUAUCUCUCAUAUCGCUGGAAAGGACCACAUCAUACGACCGCAAAUACAAAGCGCAUGACUAUGCUAGUGCAUUAGCGUAGCAGAAACAAUAAUCCAUACAGCUACAAUAAUAUCAUGCAUUUCACGUUUUGUUAUAGACACGAGCAUUCGGGGAUUUUGAGGGUUUGUUGGAUGAAUUUGGUAGUAAAGAUUCUACGGCGACAUUAGAUGGACUUGUAAUUUCUACACCAACCCCUACUCACGGAGAUUUAAUCAAAAAUGCAGCAGAGAAUGGAUUAGGGAUGUUUGUCGAGAAACCCAUCGCAGAAAUUCCACAGGAGAUCGAAGAAUUGUACCAAGUUUGCGAGCAACACAAUGUGCCACUCUGCUGCGGCUUUCAACGGCGGUUUGACGAGAGCUAUGCUCGGGCAGCUAAAUCUGUGCAGCAGGGGUUGAUUGGAAAAGUGUCGAACGCACAUAUCUUCUUUGGCGACUCUCCCGGUCCUUCGUUCGAGUUUUUGCUCGAGGGAGGAAAUAUAUUCUAUGACCUAUCUUGCCACGACGUGGAUUUCAUUCGUUGGGCAUUAAACGAUGAAAUUGAAAGUGUCUACGCUUGUGGAAGUUCGUCUCGGGAAGAGUUGGCCAAGUGCAAUAUUCAAGACAACGCCACAAUGAUGAUGACAACAACCCGGGGGUGUGUCGUGACCUUGACGAUGAGUCGUCGAGCUGCGUAUGGCUACGAUCAGCGCUGCGAGAUGUUUGGAGAUUUCGGGAAAGUUAGUAUUGGCAACGAAUAUGAAACGGCAGCAAUUGUUUCUGACCAAAAUGGGGAUCAUUUGUCACGACUAAAGAAUAGCUUCGACUCGAGAUUCCACGACGCCUUCGGCAAUGAAAUGAACGCAUUUGCAGACACACUGAUGGAAAAGACGCCAUGGAUGGUGAAGAAAGAGGACGUUAUUAGUGUACAAAAAGUCGCAGCCGCUGCGAAGAAAUCACUGGAAACCAACCAAAUUAUAUACGUGGAUUAGAGAAAAUUCAAGUGGGCGCAGGCUGUUCCUCAAAACCUGGCUCGAUGCUUGCGCAGCAAGCUAACGAUAGAGUUUGCUGAAGACAACAAGACUUUGUGUCAUAUUGAACCAAUAGACCGGUUUAGCGUUUGACUGUGAAAUCAUUUGUGAAUCCUGGUUGUUGUUUCGUAUGGAGCUAUGAAGGGUAAAAGGGUAAUAGAAGUAGUUGCAAACAGAAGCGUACGGAUACGAGUACUCACUCAUACGGCAUCGUUUCAUGAUGGGACACAAACUAGACAGGGGGAUCCCCAGGGCAUUGUACGGUAAAUAGGAGGAGUCUUAAUGGGCCGUUCCCGUUAUUAUAGAAUUGCUGAACAUGCAGACUUAGCACAUUUAUUACUUUUAUAAUAACAGGAAUCAAAAUUUCAACGGAUUGACUGAGAGGAAGGCCAGCUUGAUCUCAUUCUUUUUGGGAAUUUGGAAUCUUAACAAUAGUUGGCGUGCGUGCCACUUGGUACAAAGAAAAACAUGACAUUUUC